ACUGGGAGACAAUAUGCGGUACAAUGAUUGGACCUUUUUUGAUUCCUUGGUUAAUUGUAGCCGUCUAAAGAGAUUGGGCUUGGGCCGGACUAGUUUAAGAGGGGAGCUGCCUAAUUCCAUUGCAAAUCUCUCCACCACUUUGGAAGAGCUCUAUAUGUAUGGAAACUAUAUAUAUGGAAGCAUACCUCAUGAAAUCGGAGAACUUGUGAACAUGAUACAUCUUAAUUUCAGAGACAACUUCUUAACGGGGAGCAUUCCACAAUCAAUUGGCAGACUAUCAAAGUUAGGUGGUCUAUAUUUGUAUGGAAACAACAUUUCAGGAGCAAUUCCAACUUCCAUUAGCAACAUGACUCAUUUAGUUGAUCUCUAUCUAUAUGAUAAUGUGCUGCAAGGAAGCAUACCUGCUGAAUUGUUUAACAUAUCAACUCUAGAAGAAGUGUCCAUUGCUAACAACCGACUUGGAGGGGCAAUACCUAAUGAAAUUCUGUUCUUGUCGCAUUGUAUUCGACUUAGUUUGUCCCAAAAUUUAUUUAGCGGUCCACUUCCAUCCAACAUUGGAAGCUUGAAACAACUGGUUGCACUCUUUGUUUCAUACAACAAACUCAGAGGAAAUAUACCAGCUACUCUUGGUGAUUGUGUAAUGUUGGAGUUUCUAUAUAUGGAAGGAAACCUUUUUAAAGGUAACAUUCCAUCUUCUUUUAAAGCGUUGAAAAGUCUUGCUUUUCUAGAUCUUUCUGACAAUAACAUCUCUGGGAGUAUUCCGAGCUUUUUCAAUGGCUUUCAAUUAAUCAAAUUUCUCAACUUGUCACACAACAAGCUUGAAGGUGAAGUGCCUACAGAAGGUCAGUUUUCAAAUGUUAGUGCCUUUUCAGUUGCUGGAAAUUUGGAGCUUUGUGGAGGCAUUCAAGCAUUGCAUUUGGUUGCCUGUCCUCGGAAAGUCUCAAGACAUAAGAAAAAAGAAUUUUCCCCAAGGAUCAUACUAAUUGUAGUUCUCGUACCCCUUGGUAUGUUGUUUUUUUUUCUUGCGUUAAUUUAUUAUCGACGUCGAAACUCCAAGAAGUUGAAUGACCCCAUCCCAAUAUUGAAGGAGGAUCAAUAUCCCAAACUUUCAUACCAAGACCUUCUACUAGCCACAAAUGAAUUUUCUCCAAACAAUUUGCUCGGUCAAGGAAGAUACGGUUCUGUUUACAAAGGAGUUCUCGAAUCAGUGGAACACAUACUUGCUGUCAAGGUACUAAACAUUGAAAUACAUGGAGCUAACAAGACUUUUUUGUCAGAGUGUGAAACACUGAGGCACAUUCGUCACCGGAAUCUUAUCAAGAUCAUCACAGCAUGUUCUAGCACUGAUUUUAAGGGCAAUGACUUCAAGGCAUUGGUUUUUGAGUUCAUGACUAAUGGGAGUGUGGACAACUGGUUGCAUCCAAGUCCUUCUGAUCAAGGGAAUGCAAGAAACUUGACUCUACUUCAGAGACUAAAUAUUUCCAUUGACGUUGCAGUAGGAGUGGAUUACUUACAUCAUCACUCUCAUGCAAGUAUCAUUCAUUGCGACCUAAAGCCAAGUAAUGUGCUUCUCGAUGAUGAUCUUGUUGCUCGUAUUGGUGAUUUUGGUUUGGCGAGAUUCUGCUUUCCUACUACAAGUGACAUCAAUCAAUCACAAAUGAGUUCGAGCGGUGUACGUGGAACAAUUGGAUAUGUGCCGCCAGAGUAUGGAAUGGGUGGCGAGAUAUCUACAGAAGGAGAUGUAUAUAGCUACGGAAUCUUUCUACUAGAGAUGUUUUCAGGAAAACGACCUACAUGUAGCAGCACGUUGUUGGACAAUAAUAAUAGCCUUCAUGACUAUGUGAGGAAAGCCCUCCCACAUAGGGUGAUGAACAUUGUUGACUCGCGGAUCAUAAUAGAUCUAGACGAUCAUGGUUUGAGAACAAAUCAGUCAUAUAACAAGGCUGCCUUAGAGGUAUGUCUGGCAUCAAUAUUUCAAGUGGGGAUACUAUGUUCACUAGAAAUGCCCAAAGAGCGCAUUGACAUUAGUGUUGCUAUCAAGCAGCUUCAUGCAGCAAGAGACAAGCUUCUACAGCACAGAUAGUAACCUAUGUCUCUGUUUCUCUGCUUUUCCUAUGUUUCUAUCUCUUCUUGAUGCCACAGAUUACUCCACACUUUUAUUUACACUCUUUCAUACCGCUCCACACUUUUAUUUACACCGUCACUAUAUAUUACUUGAAGUUUUUAUGUAAGGAGUGGUAUUUACUAUAUAAGUAAACUAUUAAAUUCGUGGAACAGUACUUUUGGCAAUUGUCUUGACCUUUUAGUUAUGCAGAGUAUGGAAUGGGUGGGGAGAUAUCUGCAGAAGGAGAUGUAUAUAGCUACGGAAUCUUUCUACUAGAGAUGUUUUAAGGGAAACGACCUACAUGUAGCAGCACGUUGCUGGACAAUAAUAAUAGUCUUCAUGACUAUGUGAGGAAAGCCCUCCCACAUAGGGUGAUGAACAUUGUUGACCCACGGAUCAUAAUAGAUAAAGAAGAUCAUGGUUUGAGAACAAAUCAGUCAUACAACAAGGCUGCCUUAGAGUUAUGCCUGGCAUCAAUAUUUCAAGUGGGGAUACUAUGUUCACUAGAAAUGCCCAAAGAGCGCAUGGACAUUAGUGUUGCUAUCAAGCAGCUUCAUGCAGCAAGAGACAAGCUUCUACAGCACAGAUAGUAACCUAUGUCUCUGCUUCUCUGCUUUUCCUAUGUUUCUAUCUCUUGAUACCACAGAUUGGGAUUUGAUUUUGUAUAUAUUGAACUAAAACAUGGCUUUGUGAUAUUCACCAUUUGGUGUGCUUUUAAUAAUAUGUUGACACAUGUUGCUUAA